AGUCGAUUCACAACAUCGAAGAGUAACGUAAGUAAAAAAAAAUUUUGAAAUGUAGAGAUAGAUCGCCCAAAAUGCAUUAAGUGCCUUCAUGAGUGUAGUAACAACCGUGCAAAAUGGGCAGAAGAAAUAAAUGUAAACCGCGUAUUAUCCCCCAACAAGACAAGAGAAUAUGUGGCUGCAUAUGCUUUUGCCAACUUGUAGUGGUAUUUAGUUGCGUUUCGCUUAUUUAUUUAACAGUGGCUAUUUACAUUCCAUCAUACAGAGCUUUUCGUAGUGGAUUCGAGGAAACACCUGUUAUGUGCCAAACCAUCAACAUCAGUACAGAAAAUAAUUGUAGUUGGGCUUCUUGUGGUGAGUGGUGUCUAACUAAAACGUCCGGCUAUUGCCCCCAGAUUCAUGCCACUUCUCGCCAAAAUGGAACUACAGUUCAGUUUCUCAACUGUACAAACUUCCAAUCCUCAAUUUGUCCACCAGUAAAUCCUGAGCAUCUCAAGAAAUUCAAUUGUAAUAACGGAUCAGAAUGUGCAUCAUUGAAAGGAUUAUUCAACUGUUCUUUAGGACAUUGCUCUAAUAUGUCGCAACUUUAUGAAUGUCACUAUAAAGCAGAUGGUUUUACAGUAGACACAGAUAAAGAUAACUUGAAAUUGAAUGGAUUUUUUGAAUGCAAAGGAGCCAAAUGCACCAAAAUUAAGAAAACUUUCACCUGUGAUCGCAUUUGCAGUGAAAAUAUUACGUCUACAAACAUGAAUGUUUUUAUAAGCGUUGGUGAUGCUGUGAAAUUUGCUCAUUGUGAAUCUGCUGUUGCAACAAAUAAAGCUGCAGGUAAAAUACAAGGAACUUUGAUCCCACCCACGCAGUUCUGGUCCAAACUUCCUAAUGAAGUCACCAUGGUGUCAUGUCACACAGUGCAGUAUGAUGAAAUCCCACAAAUUAUACACGCUACAGACUGUAUAAACGGCACAAUUUACGAUGUAGAAAUAAUUCCAAAGCAUUUCAUAACAUUUAAAGAAUUUUGGAAUCUAACUGGAAAACAUAGGAAUGUAGUGGAUCCAAAGAAUGAAUUUGUCCCAAUGCAAUCUUCUCUGACCAUAUAUAAUGCUUCUCGAUUAUUUAUCAAUUUGGAUGGCUGUGUAAAUACUCUUAGAGGAGAGUGUUCAGAUUUUGUUAAGACACACGGAAGAGAUGGGAGGAACCAAACUUCACCGUCUAGAUUUCCGUGUUUUUAUAAUAAGAAAAAUUCCUUCAUGGUGGUGUCCCGUUACGAUUUGAAAAAAACGUGGAGAGACUUGAUAAUAGCUAUAACUAUACCCUCAGUUCUCUUUGUGAUUUCGUUUGUAACGCUUUGUGCUAUAAUGCAAUCAGUAAGGGUGGAUGACGACACAAAAAUGCGUUGCAAGUAUUGCUUCGGUACAUACAACUCUGAUUUAACUGAGAUGAUCAACAGCAAAUACGAAGUUUCCUCUCCCGAAUCGGAUAGGCCUUUUAAUAGGAGAAACAAUCAAGAAGUACUGAGUUAACAACAUUACACAAAGUAAUGUUAAACUUGUUAAUGUGAAAUCGACCAUAUUACGCUUAUAUAUGCCCAGGGUGUAAACAGAAAUGUUCCUUAGUGGAAGCUAAGGAUAAUAAUUAUAUUUAACUUAUAAUUAAUCUAAAAUAAACUAUCAUCAUUGUUUAAUGAAGUUAUGAAUUCUUUUAUCAUUUUCUAUUUAAGUGAAAUACAGAUACAGAACGUAGAAUCUCUAAUAGACUUUGCUUCGCACUAUGGGGAAUUGCUGUACACCAUAUUGAUUACUCUUGCUCAUAUAAAAUGCCUAGUGAAUUUAUAACCAUAUUUUAUUCUAUGCUAUGCUUCUUAUGGAUGUCAAUGUAUAAAAGCAAUACAAAUUUUUUCUGCACAUAUAAUUGCGCUUCUACAGUGUGAGUAUUUCCGUCAUACACAAUUUGUAUAACUUACUUAAUCUUAACCGGCAAUAUCGCUUCAAAGAACAAACUUUAUUAGAUAUUUAAAUCCAGCUACUACUCAAUGCUCGUUGCUUCAGUGUUUAAUUCCCCAAAUUGUGCUUUUAAGUCGACAUAAUAAUUUUCGUUCCUGAAAUAUGAAGAAAAUGAUAAGAAACAAAUUCAUUAAUAAAACUGUUGCAGAACGGAUUAGCGAUUAAAAAAAUGUUUAUCAAGAAUUUGUGAUACUUCUUCUAAUUAAUUUGGACUGAUUUUUCUUUUCCCAAAACAGUUUUGUUUUGUUAGAAAAAAGAGUCAUCACCACAAUUUCUACAAAAUUGUGUAAACUAAUCUAGGCUUACGUUAUUUCUAUAAAUUAACAUAUUUAAACACAUUUACAUUUUAUCGAAUUUUUCAUGAAAUUCUCACCCAAAAUUUGACCAAUCUUCACGUAGUCUAUUUGCUACAGAUCCAAAAGUCGAUUGUCGAGUGAUUUUAUUUAAAAAGACAAAGUAAGGCCUUUUCUAAAACUGCAUCUAUAAAAGACGUUAGAAAAUAGUGUUUUAACUAAUAAUCAGCUGUUCUAAUAGUAUCGGAAAAUUCGAUUUUUUUAAGCCGUAAUAGAUUAUUUUCCUUCCAAAAAACAAUGAAAAACAAUUUAUUUGAUUUUUAAUUUCUUAAAAUCUUACGGUGUUCAAAAGAAUACGCACAGGUACCAAUAAUCAUAUAUUAUUUACUUUGUAAUAUGCAAAAUUAUGGAAUAUACAUAAAUUGAUAGAUGUCACAACUCUUUUACUCUACAAGAUGUUAUUUGAUUAAUUUAGAUAUGAAAAACGUUUGGUUUGUCAGAAAAAGUAUGCAACUAAUAUUUGUUUACACCCUGAUUUCUAGAUUCGUAAAAAAUGAACACUUCUGUAUUAUGUAUAUUAUAAGGAUUGUUCCAAAUGAUAUUUUCUGUGCAAUCUCUGGCUAUGCACGGUUCUUGUAACCGUACUGGCUAUCAACCAAUUAUGAAAAUUCCGUCCUGGAAACGGUUCUCAAACGAUACCUAAGUCGGUUUGAACACAAAA